CUUUCCCCUAACUCCGCAUAAGCCGAAACCCUAAUUCUUCAUCAGAUUCGUGAAAUUCGCGUGUUUAUCGAUUCCUCCAUUGCUUCUCAGAUUCAUCUUCUUCGAUUAUCUGAAGGCGAAAGGUGAUUUAUCAGAAGAUAACGCUUCAGGUCCACUGAGAUGACUGGAGGCGACCAUUCGAAGCCUCCUGCGCAAAAGCCGCCGUCGUCGUCCGCCGCACAAUCUGGUGGCGGUAGCCGUAAAUCCCGUUGGUCAUCGAGCAACAACAACGACGGCGUCGGCGUUGGCGUCAACAUCAAGAACAGCAACUCGACGGCCGGUCAAAAAUCCGCCGAGAAGCGGCCUUGGAGGCCUAACCCUUCUCCUAAGCCAGGUCCUGCAACGCCGAGCCAAGCCCCACCGAAGCACCCGAAUUCACUAUCCGACCCGUCUCCCCGAUCUGGACCCGCUCCUAUUCCUCCUCCGGCUCCAUUUUCCUUCCCGGACCCGGCGGCGCUCGGUCCUCCUCCUCCGCCGAGUUACGGGUUCCAUAUGCUUGAGCGGCGAUCCAUUGUUCUCGCCGACGGCAGUGUCCGCUCCUACUUCGCGCUUCCACCUGAUUACCAGGACUUUCCUCCUCCUCCCCGAUACGUUGACCCGAUUGGUAAUAGGUUUCUAGGGCCUGAGUUUGGCCGCUUCCCUCCUCCGAUUAGCCCCGAAGGAUUCAGAGAUAGGCGGGAACAUUGGGAUCGUGCAGAUGUGUCGAUGAAAAGGAAGUAUCCUGGUGAAGAAGAACAUGACAGGAGGAAUGAGAGAGGUGAAUUGAAUGGGCAAAGGCAACAGUUUAUGCAGUACCCGAAUUCCGGAGCAAGUAGCCCAUUUCGGAGAAGCUUUGGAGAAGAUAUGAGAGCACCGAAACAUAUGAGGGUAGGAUCAGGUGGAUAUGAGAGUGGAGGUCAGGUGCCUAAGAAUCUUGAGGUUGACCAGGUUGCACUAAAGAAGUUGUUUUUGCAUUAUGUUAAGCUGGUUUAUGAGAACCCUGCAGAGAGGAAGAAAUACUUGGAGGACGGGAAAAGGGGGCGGCUUCAGUGUCUUGUUUGUGGCAGGUCUUCUAAAGAUGUUGAGGAUAUCCAUGGUAUGAUAAUGCAUGCAUAUGGUUCUGAUGAUGGCAACAAACGCGUGGAUCACUUAGGCUUGCACAGAGCUCUGUGCCUAGUAAUGGGAUGGGAUUUCUCAAAGGUUCCCGAUCAUUCAAAGGCAUACCAGAUAUUGCCUACUGAAGUGGCAGCAGCUAAUCGAGAUGAUCUUAUUAUUUGGCCACCUCAUGUUAUCGUUCACAAUACCAGUACUGGGAAGGGCAAAGAAGAGCGCAUGGAAGGCUAUGGAAACAAAGCUAUGGAUAACAUAAUCAGAGAGCUAGGAUUCACUUCUGGGAAGUCGAGGUCCUUAUAUGGAAGAGAUGGUCACCUGGGCAUUACUCUAUUUCGGUUUCCGGGUGAUGAAUCAGGCCUCAAGGAAGCUAUGAGACUUGCAGAUUACUUUGAGAAGAAUAAUCGUGGCCGUAAGAGUUGGGCCAGACUACCGGUAUUCAUUCCAGGCAAAGACGACGAGAAAAACCCGAGUCUGGUUGAGAUAGACAACAGGACCGGUGAUAAAAGGAGGGUCCUUUACGGCUAUCUCGCUACCAUCUUGGAUUUGGACAAAGUCGAUUUUGACACAAAGAGGAAGACCACAGUUGAGAGCCUCAGAGACAAGUCAGUUCAUCCAAGUAGUUGAUCCUUCCUGAAAACAGCAAGAAAGGUACACUUAAUUUAUGAAUCUUUGGGUCCUAGUUUUAUGUCAAGCUCGAGACAAGAUCAAAAGGGUGGUGGUCUAUGAUCUCCCUAAUUCCAGUGAAACAUCUCGUAGUCAUUGUUCACUGGUCAUAAAAUAUGUGCAAAACCUCAACCCCAAGGGAUGAUGAUGCAUGAUAUAGGUUGAGAUUUGUGAGAGAAACGCAGGCUUAGACAUCUAUAAGCCUUUUGGAGUCAUACUCUACUCUGUAUUCCUUCUCUGCUUUGGUUAGUAAGUGUACAUACUAACCUGCGCACCUCAGCAUCUUUGGAAUAUUUGUUUUGUGUGAGUGGUUGAUGCUUUCAGAGAUUCGUCUUUCUUGUCUGAAUCUAAAGUUAUAUACAAUUGGUGUAGUGGUUAUACAUGUCUUCUUUUCCAUUUGUUUUUUCUUUUGCCCUUUUGCCAAGUGGUGUUUGUUCUUUAGCUUCUGUAGCUAAACCCCUUAUAUCCUGUGUUAGUGUUGUUUGCACUAUAGCUUUAUAGGUGGGUGUCGGCGCAUAGCUUGGCUAUAUAUAGCUGCAUUGAUAUUUUAGGUUUAUGGAUUGCAGUGAAGAAAAGGCUAUAGAUAGAGGCAUUACUAAUCUAUUAGCACCCACUCUCUAGAUUUUACCUUUAUACACAUGGAUUUGCUCCUUUCAUGUAUCUCUGCUGGCAAAUAUGAAUUCUACUGAUUAGAUUAUUAUUGAUAUUUGGCCUUUGGUUUCUUGGCAUAGCAUUUGACCUUUUUUUGCUAAGGAAACUUGAUUAUAUCACUAAUUCACAUUAAAUGUCCUUGCUUUUCUUAGUUACUCAGGUGAUAGAAGAAAUUGAUUCUCUUGGGUCUGUCUCAUCUGUUGCGUCUUAUGUUUUUUUUCUUUUAAAAUUCAAGAUCCACCAGUUAUUAAAAAAUAAUAAUUGGUCUGUGAAUGUCUAUUGUUUUCUUCUGAUGGCUAUUUUUGCACUGUAUAUAGGAUGUGUCUACAUAGUGUAUAUAUAGGUACAUAAUUAUAAUAAUGAAAUCUUCAAGGGGUUCUGUC